AUUAUAACCGGCGUUAGCUGUCAGGAUUUCUUCGGAAGCGUCGAAAACUCCUCUCCCUCUCUCCCUCUCUCUCUGACUCAGAGACUCUCAGAAGAAAACAAAGCCACUCUCUCUGUCUAUCCCAAUCCUCUGACUAUUGCAGUGACUGUCUUAGCACAUCGGAUCUCCAACAUUACAUAUGCAGUAAGAACAGUGGAGAAACAGCAAAGAAGAGAAGAAAUAUGGACAUCGAUGCUACUUGUGGAGUCCCACCAUAGAAAAUCUAGAAGAAUCAUACUUCUGGGAUCUUUUCAACUCAAGCAGCAUAUAUUAUUACAAAAUGGACAGCUUGUAUGAGGCUGCGGAGUCUAUCACUCCUUUGUCGUCGGUGCCCGCUUCUGUACCCAAUUGGAUGGUGACAACCGAUGACCAACGGUUCCUCUUGCUUUUCAUCAUGGGUACCUACUUUGGCCCGGAUCUGAAGGCUGAGAAGCCUAAAAAAUCUGCUCUACAGCGAAUUGCCGAGGAUCUCCCACCAUACACUUCUGAUCAACUGGCAGGGUCGCAAAUGAAAACAGUAGAGGCCGAGAGAGUGUACUAUUAUGUGCUUAGAAAGGCAGACCAAUCUGUCAUAGUCAAGCUACCGUUGUUGCACCAGUUCUUCCAAUGUACUCUCUUUUCUCCACCAGAUGAUUCUGUUGUUGACCACCGACAGUUCCCAGAUCUCUUCCCGAUGCAAUUGCAUCCACAGAGCCGAUUCAGAAACCGAUACAAAAUCAUCGAGAACAUUGUCUUUAUCAACAACCCAGAAAUCUCUUACAUAAAACCAGAAGACGUUGAGAGGUUUAAGAGGCUUACCAGGCUCGAGGAUCUGUUGCUGGAUAGAGAUGCUGCAAGGUUAUACAGUGGUGUCGGAAUCUGUGGGCUUGCAGAUAAUGCGGAAGAGGAGUUAUCCGAUGGAAAGCGACAUGCGAAACCUUUGCGGAGGUCACGGAAAAAACGACGAGUAAAUGACUGCAUGGAAGCAGAAGCUCGGGAGCCUUUGGCACAUAUUCAUGCGGAACCUGUCAAUGCUAUACCAUGCAGUAGUGUACCGUAUUGUAGCUCAGUGCCAUCGCCAGCAGAAGCGGAAGGCAGUCCAGUGGAGAGGGUUGGGCCUGCGAUGAUCUUUCUUCCUUCGCAUCCAACUGUUGAGGAGUGGAGUAACAUUGUGAAGGCUGCGAAGAAUGGAAUUGCAUUAACGGGGAGUGUGGCAGAAAGACAAGCUGGCCCAUUGAUUGGAUUGGUAGACGUUGGGGUGUGCGAGGAUGCCUAUCUUUUCCGUAUAUCAUUGCCUGGCGUAAGGAAGGAUGAAAGGGAAUUCAGCUGUGAAGUUGAGACAGACGGGCGGGUGCAUAUAAAGGGUGUGACGACUACGGGCCAGAGGCUGAUAUUCAAGAAGUCACAGGUAUUUGAAAUGCAAACACAAUACCUUUGCCAGCCAGGACAGUUCUCCGUCUCGUUUCAGCUGCCGGGACCUGUGGAGCCUCGAGAGUUCUCAGGUAAUUUUGGGUCUGAUGGGAUUCUUGAGGGUGUUGUGAUGAAGGAGAGAGUGAGACUACACUGAUAUAAUCACACACUAACUCGGAUUCUGUGGCGUUAGAAUUAUACACAGAAUCAAGAAAUUUUGGAAUGCUUAAAGCACACCACAAAAACAACACUGUAAAUAGAAAUCGACUCCACGUCUGAACUGAGUCCGGGUUUGCAAACUAUGAUGUGAACGGCUCCGUGUAUGAGAUCUGGGCCAUCAUGAAGCUUUCUUUUUUAA